AUGAAGACUGCGAACAUGGAAAAUCAGAAGAGUGGGAGCAAGCUUACCAGAACCCAUUCCUCGCUUCUUAGUUGUUCUUCCCCCGCAAUUCGAUCCUCCAUCCACAGCCUCUCUUCCAUCGUCACCAAAGAGGAACACGAAUUACAGGAACAGGAAAAGCUACUUCUCGAUGUUGACGACGACAAGAACAACAAGCCCAAGAAACCCCAAGCCCAAGCCCGACCGCGACCUCGUGCCCAAGCCCACCGGUCUUCCGCCUAUUCCGCUCUGGCGGUCUUUUUCCUGGGCGCGUGUUCACUUUUGUUCUACUUCUUCUACCUCGAGGUGUCUUCCUCGGAGAACGUUUUGCUCGCGCUGAUUUUCGUGGCCGUAGCUCUCUACUUUGUCUCCAAGAACAAGGGUCUGAUUCAGAGAUCCUUUUCCGCGGCGAAGCAUUCGUGGGAGGAGAAUGUGAAGCGGUUGGGGUUUUCGAAGGCAGUAGCGUCGAGGCCGGUGCAGUGGUUCAUCGGAGAGCCGGCCGGGGCGGGGAGGAAGGCGGUGAAGAUAGUGAGAGAAGGGGUGGAGUUUUACAGCAAUGGGGAUUUUUACGAGGGGGAGUUUCAUAAGGGGAGGAGCAACGGGAGUGGGGUGUAUCAUUACUUCGUGAAUGGGAGGUACGAAGGGGAUUGGGUUGAUGGAAGGUACGAUGGGUACGGAAUUGAGAGCUGGGCGAGGGGGAGUCGCUAUAGGGGUCAGUAUAGACAAGGAUUGAGGCACGGUCAUGGGGUUUAUAGGUUCUACACGGGGGACUCUUAUUCCGGAGAGUGGUGUAACGGUCAGAGCCAUGGCGUGGGGCUUCAGACUUGCUCCGAUGCUAGCUGUUACAUUGGGCAAUUUAAGUAUGGGGUCAAGCACGGUCUUGGCUGUUAUCAUUUUAGAAAUGGAGAUAGGUAUGCCGGAGAGUAUUUCGGAGACAAGAUACAUGGAUUUGGGGUCUACCACUUUGCCAACGGCCACUGUUAUGAGGGAGCAUGGCACGAGGGUCGUAGGCAAGGUAUUGGCUCAUACACUUUUCGAAACGGUGACAGAAGAUGUGGUGAAUGGGAUGCUGGCAACCUCAAACAACCUCUACCACCAUUAUCUGAUGUUGUUCUUCGAGCAGUGCAGGCUGCUAGGAAAACAGCAGAGAGUGCUAUAAACCUUAAACGAGUGGAUGACCAGGUUAACAAAGCAGUAAUCGCUGCAAGCAAGGCUGCCACUGCUGCCAGAGUUGCUGCUGUGAAAGCUGUUCAGAACAGGAUGGAUGGAAAAUUUUGCGUGACUGAUGUCUAA